CUCCUCCUGGCCCUGUGUGGCUAGUGUGUCACUGUCGGUGCCUGCCUCGCCUGGCUGGGCUUGUCCUCUGGGGACUGGAGUGGAAGUUUUCUCAGACUCUUGUCCUUGUACUACUAAAAUUACCCCUAACUAAAGAUGCAUCCAGACCUGUCUCCUCAUCUGCACACUGAAGAAUGUAACCUAGUUAUCAGUCUGCUCAAGAAGUGUCACAAGGAGCACAACAUUUUGAAAUUUUUUGGCCAUUGCAAUGAUAUUGACCGUGAGAUGCGGAAGUGCUUAAAGAAAGAGUACGAAGAAAACAGGGCCAGGAACCAGGCGAUGCGACGGAGGCUAAUUAAUGCUCACAAAAACUCAGAGAAGUGAGCUGUAUUGUAGUUGGACAGCUGCAUCUCAAUAGGGACACGCAGUUGAAAGCUGACAGAAUAUUUCUUUCCCAUCACCAAUGCUCAGCCUGUGGUUUGUGAAACAGUGAAAACAUAAACGCACCUAAUACAUACUCAUUCCCAGCAAGGCAAACAAUGUGGAAAAAAUAAAUAUAAUAAAUGAUGACUCUCAACUUAAUUUUUGACCUCUGAAAGAAAACUAUUGUGGCAAGUCUUUCUUCUGGCAUAGUUUUGUUAUGAUUGUUAAGUAAUGAGGAAUCAGUGUGUGUGGAGUAUUAUGUAUUCAAGGCUGCUAUAUUCCGUACCUUGUGCUGAGUUGAAUUUAUUUCUUUGUGUUUAGCA